GAAAUCGUACCCCCUCCCCCUUUAUGACGAACAUUGACGGGUGUAGUCUUCUUGUUGGCUAAACAAGCCCCUGUCCCACCGCCCACACUCAUCACGCACUGCUUGGCCCUGUACAAGACCGACAGCCGAGGGGGCGACCUGCUCACAAAACUUCAACAUUUUCUAGUUUUCCCGAUUAACCAGACAACAUGGCGUUUCAGACUAUCUACUACCUCGUGGGUCUAACCCUUCUCGUCUCUACGUGUACAGCACAGGACGAAGUCGACGACAAAGAUGCCAAAAUCAACGAACUUCAAGGACAACUGGACCUCCUGAAGGCCAGAGUGGAAAUGGUGGAAGAGCUCAUUCGAGAAGCAGGCCUCCACAUGCCUGAUCCUAACCAGCCGACUGCGACAGAAGCGCCCAAGGCGAACAGGACGUCUACGGCGGCCUGCCAGUGUCAGGCGGGAGAACCCGGGCCCAUGGGGCAUCAGGGCUGGCCGGGGGUCCGGGGACAACCCGGGAUGAUGGGCCCCAGAGGAAUGAAGGGUGACAUUGGUUCGCCUGGAAGGAUAAUUCUGACCGGAGAGCCCGGAGUGAAGAUACCGGACGUGGUGCCCGGCCCGCCCGGCCCACCGGGUCCCCCCGGCCCGCCUGGUCCCCCCGGUCUGCAGGGUCUACCUGGCGUCACGGGCAUGAAGGGAGAAGCGGGGCUUCCAGGAGAAUCAGCGACCAUCCUUAGCGACGGCACCGGCGAUGAGUGCAGUAUGUGUCCGAGCGGACCGAAAGGCGAUCGUGGCCCGAGGGGAGAGAUCGGUUACCCCGGCCUACCGGGCCUCCAGGGCCGCUCAGGCAUCCCUGGCUACCCCGGAGUUCCGGGAAUGAAGGGACUUCGCGGAGACAGCGGCGCACCAGGAACCUGCGACGCUUCCACUUGCGGAGGGGAGGCCAAGAAAGAACGCGGGAAAAACAGAAACCGCGGCGAACGCAGGAAGGGCAGGCGGGGGAAGGGGCGCAGGCGCAAGAGCGACAAGGAGAACACCAGCACUUUUCACCCCGCACCUGUUCCUACCCCUACUCCCCCUCCGUCUUAAAUGGUAUGGCCCAGGUCCUAGCAACUGAGUAGUAGAGGAAAGGGAAAAUGCAAUAUAGUUUUGGGGGUGGCGAAUAUGGUAAAUGCGAAGAUGCCUAAUUUUCCAAAGCUAUGUUGCACCAUAGAACUUUCCAGUUUCCAUUUUCACAUGUACUUGAAUUGAACAUUUAUUAUCAUAACAGCACUUGGUGACUAUUGUGUUUCCUAUAUAGAUUUUGAUUUGUUCUAUACCAUCGUAUUUUACUUAAUUUUGACAUAGACCUCAGUUUUUAUCCAAAGAUUUUUGAAAAAAAAACACGACCUGACAUGUGUUCGCCUGGCUAAUAAACAACAAACAAUAGAAUGAAAUACACUUGCAUAGAAUGAAAUGUAUGUAAUAAUAUGGCAUGGUGGAGAGAGAUAUAUUGAUAUGUGAUGUUGUUAGGCAAAUGUACACUUAUUAAUGGCACAAGAAUAAACAAUAUCUAAUGGUG